CCCUUCUAUCAUCUUUGACUUUUCAUGGACGAGAUUGAAAUUCCUCAGUACUUCAUCUGCCCUAUAUCCCUUCAGAUCAUGAAAGAUCCCGUAACAGCCGUCUCCGGCAUCACAUACGAUCGGGAUAGCAUCGAACAGUGGUUGUCGUCGGGCAAGAACACGAUGUGUCCGGUCUCAAAGCAGCCUCUUCCUGCAGAUUCCUAUAUAACCCCAAACCAUACUCUCCGGCGACUAAUCCAGGCCUGGUGCACCACGAAAGGCGUCGAUCGAAUUCCGACCCCGAAAUCGCCUCUGACCAAGACCCACAUCCUUAAACUCCUCCGAGAUCUCCGAGUUCCUCAGCUACAAUUGAAUUCACUGAAAAAGUUGGAGUCCUUAGCUUCUGAGAAAGAAAGCAACAGAAGAGAUAUGGUAGAAACCGGAGUUGGAAAGGCCAUGGUUUCAUUGAUCGUAAGAUGUUUCAGGGAAGUCCAAGCAGAUAGUAUUCUAGAGGUUUCUCUGAAUGUUCUUCAUCGUUUGCGGAUCCCUAAUGAUGAAGUGAAGCUUCUUCUUAUUGAGUACUAUGAUUUCAUGGAUUCAAUCAUGUGGGUUUUAGGGCAAGAGAUGGAUAAUCCUGUAACAGUGAAGACAAAUGCAGUUCUAGUGUUGAAAAACUUCAUUCAAGCUGCAAGUAAGAAUCUAUUGGAGCGAAUAAAACCCGAUUUCUUUGAAGGUUUGAUAAGGGUUUUGAGAGAUAGAAUCUCUCAACAAGCCACCAAGGCUAUCUUGCACGUCUUACUAGAGGCUUGUCCUUGGGGAAGAAAUAGAGUAAAAAUCAUAGAAGCCGGUGCAGUUCCGGAUCUAAUCGAGCUAGAGCUUACGUUACCUGAGAAGAGGAUCUCAGAGUUGAACUUGAGUGUAUUGGAUUAUCUAUGUUCAUGUGCAGAUGGGAGAGCACAAUUGCUAGAUCACGCUGCGGGUAUUGCGGUGGUGUCGAAGAGGAUGUUAAGAGUAUCGCCGGCAGCUAAUGAAUCGGUUGUGCAUAUUCUUGCAUCAAUUGCAAAAUUCUCUGCUACAAAUGAGGUUCUCAAUGAGAUGUUGAGAGUGGGAGCUGUGGCAAAGCUUUGCAUGGCUCUUCAAGCUGAAUGUGGAGGAACCGUGAAGGAGAAGGCAAGAUGGGUCCUUAGGUUGCAUUCUAAUGUGUGGAGCAAUUCUCCUUGCAUUGGAGUUUAUCUGUUAACAAGGGAUCCUAGGUAGCAUUAUCAAAUACAAGUAUACAAAAUUCACCCUAAGCAGGAUUAGGCAAAAGAGUUUUUGUUUUGUUUAAGAUUUUGUAACGAUUUGUA